CCUUCUGUGUGUUUGUGUGCAUGCACCGUGCUCUCCAGUGUGUCCCGUCAUCUCGUCCAUUCCCUGGUACAUCACCAUCAUCCCCCUGGUGACCGUGCUGUCUGUGCGCGGCGCCAAAGACCUCUCCAACGACAUGGCGAGGAGACGCAGCGACUCGAAGAUUAAUUCCCGGCCGUGUGACAUUCUGACGUCCCGGAGUUUCACCACAGCCCAGUGGAGGGACAUACGCGUGGGAGACAUUCUGCGGAUCCAUAAGGACCAAAUUAUUUCUGCAGAUCUUCUUCUCCUUUGUAGCUCAGAGCCUCACAGCCUGUGUUACGUGGAGACAGCGGACAUCGACGGAGAGACCAACCUUAAGUACCGCCAGGCCCUCAGCGCCACACACAUUGAGCUGAACUCUUCCCCUUCAGAGGAGGCUCUCGCUGCCUUUGACGGUGUGGUGCGCUGCGAGGAGCCCAACAAUCGCCUGUACACGUUUCGAGGCCACUUGCACUGGAAAGAUGAGUCUCACCCGCUGGACAGCGACCACAUCCUCCUGAGGGGAACCGUCCUACGCAACACAGACCUGGCCUACGGCCUGGUCAUAUACACCGGUACACGCAGAGGACUUCAAUCAGUUCAGGCUCAGUGCUCUGUGCCAGGCGCCGACACGAAGAUUUUGAGAAACUCCGGCAAACUGAAGCUGAAGAGGACUCGAACGGAGGAAGUUUUCAACGGAGUGGUGAUCGGGAUAGUCCUGUCCGUGUUGCUGGCGGUGCUGUUUCUUGCCAUUGGCAACGGAGUGUUCGCGAGUCGGGUCAUGAGCCAGACGUGGGCUCUCUCCGCUCUGGUGAUUAAUGGCAAUCCAGUCUACAGCGCGUUCCUCGUCUCCUGGAGCUACAUCAUCCUGCUCAGCCCUGCCAUGCCCAUAGCCCUUUACAUCACGUUCGAGGUGAUCCACACCAUCCACAGCCUGUUUAUUGGCUGGGACAUAGAGAUGUAUUGGCAGCAGACGGACAGCCCGGCCCAGGCCCGGAACACCUCGCUCAACGAGGAGCUGGGCCAAGUGGGGUUCCUGCUGAGUGACAAAACUGGGACGCUGACCCAGAACCGCCUGCUUUUCAGACAGUGCUGUAUAGGCGGCGAAAUCUACGUUAUGAGCGACAAGCUGUUAAUGACUAGAGAGCCAGUUGUUCCCAGUGGCUUCCAGUGGAACAAAGAUCUGUCUGGAGAUUUGUCCUUUGAGAGUGUGUUGAUGAGGCAACAGGGGGCGCCCAGCAUGCUUCUGUUCAACAGCGACACCGCCUUCUUUAAUGCCGUUAAAUGUAGUGAUUCAUCUGCUUCCACAGGUGACGCGUCAGUCAGAGCAGAGGACGUUGAGCCCAUGGACCUCGGCUGGAACCCGUACUCCUGCGGCGGCCUGAUGAUGUCGGCGCCCGGCCUGGUGGAGAAGCUCCGGCGACGGCAGUGUCCGCUGAGCGGGGAGUUCUUCCGAGCCCUGUCGCUGUGUCACACUGUGAUGGCCGAGUGGAGGGAAGAGACUCCGGUUUACCAGGCCUCGUCCCCGGAUGAGAUGGCUCUGGUCGGUGCGGCCCGUGAGCUGGGAUGGGCCUUCCUCUCCAGGACCAGAGACUUCAUCGUGGUGUCCGAGCUGGGAGUGACGCGCCAGUAUCAGCUUCUGGCUCUGCUGGACUUCACCAGCAAAAGGAGACGCAUGUCUGUACUGGUUCGGGAGCCUGAGGGUGGGUUAAAGCUGUACUGUAAAGGGGCAGACAUAGUGAUCCUGGAGAGACUGCAGAGGGACACUCCAUAUCAGGAAAGGACAGAACGAGCCCUAGAGCUGUUUGCCCAGGCCAGUCUGAGGACUUUGUGCAUUGCAGUUCGAUCUGUCCCCGAGGCAUCAUGGGAGCAAUGGAGGAAAGCUCUGGCCCAGUCUGUUGCCAUGGUGACCUGUGACCGCGAGGCACUGCUGGAAAAGCUAUAUGAUGAGAUGGAGAGGGAGCUACAGUUUGUGGGGGUGACUGCUAUAGAGGAUCGCCUUCAGGAUGGCGUUCCUGAGACCGUGUCUCUGCUUCAACAAGCUGGAAUUAAAAUCUGGGUCCUGACUGGGGACAAAAAAGAAACGGCGGUGAACAUUGGCUACUCCUGCAAACUCCUGGAUCCAGAUACCAAACUGCUGGAAUGGCAGGAGCUGAGACAGAUUCUCCAGUGCCCAGACCCGGGGGCCAGUUUCUUCAAGGCCACGCAGUCAGAGGUGUGGGCUGUGGACAACAAGACGACGAGAGCAAAGACCGCCGUGGUCCUCACGGGCCCCGAGCUGGCAGAGUUUGAGCAGAGGCCAGAGUGGGGGGCUAAGUUCAUGAGCCUGGCCAUGCAGUGCCAGUCGGUGCUGUGCUGCCGCGUAACGCCCGGCCAGAAGGCAGAGGUCGUCACGCUGGUCCGGAAACACACCAGCGCCAUCACCAUGUCCAUCGGGGACGGCGCCAACGACGUGAACAUGAUCAAGACGGCCCACGUGGGCGUGGGCAUCGCCGGGCUGGAGGGAGGCCAGUCGGUCCAGAACGCAGACUUCGCCCUGUCCCAGUUCCGCUUCCUGCGGCGGCUGCUGCUGGUUCACGGGCGCUGGUCGUACCAGCGCAUUUCGCUCUUCCUGCGCUACUUCCUGUUUAAGACGUGUGGGUUUGCUCUCGUGCACGUCUGGUUUGGGUUCUUCAAUGGCUUCAGUGCUCAGCCUCUGUACGAGACGUGGUUUAUUGCUCUCUACACUGUCUUUUACACAUCCUCCCCAAUUUUGUGUCUAGCCGUCUUUGAACAGGACGUGAGCGCUGAGACCAGCCUGACUCGGCCGGAGCUGUACAGGUCGGGUCAGAGGCAGCAGCUCUCCAGCGUUCGCAUGCUGUGCAUGGCUCUGCUGUACGCGGUCUACUCCUCGCUGGUGCUCUUCUUCAUCCCCGCUGGGGUUUUCUUCGACACCGCCCUCGACUACCAGACCAUGGCGGUCACUGUCUCCAUGGCGGCCACGUUCACCGCCACUAUUGAGAUUAUUCUUCUGACCAAACACUGGACCAAGUACAACGUCGCAGCUGCGUGUGUCUCUGUGGCGAUGAUGUUCAUCUGCACCAGGAUCACUCACAAUGCGCGUCUGUUUCAGAGGUCACCGGUCGACUACAACUUCAUCGGUGUGUCCGAUCAGGCCUUCGCGGAUCCCGUCGUGUGGCUCACGGCUCUGCUCACUGCCUGGGCAGCCGUUCUGCCCUCGGUCACUGCCCGCGCCGCCAUCGUCAUCGCCUCCCUCCACGACAAACACAAGGUCCACAGCGUCUCCCGUCAGCCGGUGGAGCUCAGGUCCCACUUCACAAGAGGCUCGUCUCUCCGCCGCUCGUCGUACGCCGUGUCCCAGGGGCCUGGACCCGGGCGCCUCAUUAGCUCAGGAAACUGCAUCCGUAGCGCGGCGCCUAAGGAGGCGACUGCAAGGACCAAACCCACUGACUCACCUCAUAAACCUGCCAAACCUGCACACGAAGAAGAGCUAGGACGGGAAAAUAUCUAAUCUUAUACUGUAUGUGGUCGUAGCGUAGGAUUGAACCAGUGUAUGUUUGAUUUUGUCUUAGCAGAGCUACUGUUUUAUAAUAAAGUAACUAAAUAUAUACUGUA